AACGUGACGAAGGUUACUGCUAAAACCGUGAUGAACCGCACUGGACUCCAGUCUUUUCGCGCGGUCAUAAUGGAGGUUGUCGGAACUUUCUAGCACGGCACGACGUUAACAUCUUUGCCGUUAAUUUUCAUCGUCAACGUCACGAUUUUAUUAUUAUUUACCCUGGAUAAAGGUCUGGACCCAUCUGUGCAAUAAAAACUUAUGUAACCGGGUCGAAAACAACUAGAAGUGAGUAGUUCCGCAGACGUCCACAAAACAAUGGGGAAAGAUUAUUACAAGAUCUUGGAUAUUCCGCGCAACGCAAGCGAAGACGAGAUUAGGAAAGCUUACCGAAAGAUGGCUUUGAAGUAUCAUCCAGACAAAAACAAAAGCACUGGAGCAGAAGACCAGUUCAAAGAAAUAGCAGAAGCGUAUGAAGUUCUUAGCGACCCUCAAAAAAGGGAGAUAUUUGAUAAGUACGGUGAAGAAGGCUUGAAAGGAACUGGCAAACCUCAAGCGAGUACGACAGAGUUUAAUUUUCAAAUGCCGCCUGGAUUUACAGCUUUUACUUUCCAUGGAGACCCGAUGUCCACGUUUUCAAGAGUCUUUGGACGAGACGAUCCCUUUAGAGGAAUGUUCGAUCAAGGUUUUGGCAUGCAAGGUGGGGCAUUUGGAGGAGGUGACUUUUCAGAUAUGGGAGGUUUCCAUUCCAGCUUUCGUCAUCAGAGUUACCCUGGCUUCAGUCGUCAGAGAUCAUCAUCCUUUGAAGAUAUGCAUUCCUUUGCUCGCAAAAAGGCUCAAGAUCCUCCCAUAGAGAAAUACCUCAUGGUGACUCUAGAGGAGUUGUUAACAGGAACUACCAAAAAACUGAAGAUCAUUAAAAAAGUUUUGAAUCAAGACCGAGUGACAACUCACCCUGAAGAAAAGAUUCUCACCAUUGAAGUGAAAAAGGGUUGGAAGGAAGGAACAAAAAUUACUUUCCCAGAAGAAGGGGACCAAAAACCACACACUGUUCCUGCUGACAUCGUUUUCACAAUCAAGGACAAGCCCCAUGUUAAUUUCAAACGAGAUCAAGAUAAUAACAUUUUGUACACUGCUCCCUUAUCUCUCAGAGAUGCCUUAACUGGUCAUACAACAGCUUCAAUGGUACCAGUUCCAACACUGGAUGGACGGACUGUCAAUAUUCCAUUAAACAAUAUCAUUAAACCUGGGGCAAAACGCCGAAUUAAAGGUGAAGGUUUGCCACUACCCAAGAGGCUGAAUCAGCGAGCUGACAUGAUGGUGGAUUUUGAAGUUGUGUUUCCAACACAACUUUCUACAUCAAACAUUGAUUUAUUAAAGAAUGCUUUACCUGAGUGAGACAAGAAAACUUAUUUAUAAGUGAUUAUUUAUUUAUUUUUCCAAUUUCACCACAAGUGGUUGAAUGACAUGAAAGUACUCUUUCAUGGGAACUGUUUCCCCUUGUUCUUUUCAUAAGAAUCAGGAGUGUUCUUAACUAUUUCAUUCAAUGUUUUUUUCCAGUUGGGAAGAAUGACAAAAAGGGAAAAUGAGUGUUAAAUUAAGUUUCUAAGUGUGACAAAAAACUUUUCAAGUUUGAAUUUAUUUGUGUCAAAUUUCACUGUGACUGGGUAGAUGACUUGUUCGUUCAUGAUAAAUGUUGUUGAUGUUUGGAUCACUAGAAUAGCAGUGGUGGGUAAUUAUUUUAGUUACCCCUUAGUUUUAUAUUGUCACCUUGUGGUGAGGCAGUAAGGACUAGGGUGAUCAUCAUCAAGUUGUUCUGAUUUUUCAGAGACUGUACUUUAUAUUAUGAUCAUUGCUUCCAAAUUUCUAUGUCUUGCAUACACUUUGCUUUAUCACUUUGCUUAGUGAGAGUGUGGAAAAUUGGCUGGUGAAAAUUUGAAGACCAAGUAAUUAGCGUGCUAAUUGGGUGAAAAUGAUAAUGUUAAAAUUAAUUUUUCAGCUAUCAGAAUGAAUGAUUUCACCCUCAUCAUAAAUUCAUUGAUGAUGUUGUUGACACACACCAAAAAAACAAAAAACAGAAGCAGGCUGUUGGUAUUGGUGUGCAGUUUGUAAAUAGAUACCAAUAUGUUUGGUUGGAACUGUGGAUUGAUAGUAAAUUAUGUUUUGUUGUUAACCUACAAGAGUUAAUGUAAAGCAAGUCAGGCAGAGUCCUUAUGGUAGGGAAUCCAAAAUUUAAGUAAAAAUUAAUAUAAUUGAGUGUUAGCUCUAUGGGUAUACACGACAAAAUGUUUUAUCUUUUUCCACUUGUAUCAGAAAUGAGUACUGAGUGUAUAUUUUCUUAACUUAUUAGGAAAAUAAAACAUGCACAAUUGAAA